AUGGUGGAGGCAGUUUUGCUAAGAAAAAAACUAUCUGGAGGCAGUGUUACGAAACUUUCUGUUAGUUCUGUUCCAAAGACCGUCACUAAAGAGGAUAUCCGGCAUGCUUUUGAAGAACAUGGACAAGUUGAGGUUGCUUUGGUCAAAAAUAAGAGAACAGGGCUGCAACAAGAUAUCAUGGGACGUACUACGACAAAUAUCAGCAAGGGUCGUGGCCGAGGUGUUGAUCGAAGUAGUGGUGAGCAAGGUCGUAGUCAAGGAAGUGUUCUAGGUAGUAGUGAUACCAUUGGACUAAAGUCAAAUCAGCAGCAUACUUUGAUGUCUUCUCCCAGUGAGGGUAGUGAUGGUGAUGAUGUGUCUUUGUGUCGUGUUGCUUCUACAAAGGAAGUAGGCCGUUUGAUAAGGAUCUUGAUUGUAGCAGUUCGGUAG